GUUUACAGUUCUCCCAUCGGCUUCUCACCACGGCGGCUGGUUUACACCGGGGCCUCCUGGACUUCCUUUCAAAUAUGGAGAAGACAGAUCCCAGCCACUGAUGGGGACCUUGGGAGGUUCCGGAGCCAGCACGGUGAUGGUGGGGCAUAGUGGUGGGGAGCCCAGCGUCGACCCUCCUGCUGGGCUGCUGGGUCUCCUGGAUGCUGAUAGGACCUGGCAUGGACUCCGGCCACACUUCGCGAGGAACUAGUAAACGCCUCGUCCAGAAUGCAUCGUUAAGCCCAGCCAAUGGAUCUAAAUUGAUGAAUCGUUGAGGAUAAGAUGUGAAGAGCCUCAUGUGUGAAAAUGAAGUCCCAGGCAAUCACGAUUUACUGUUUAAUGUUAUUUCUGGACACAGAAUGUUCUCAUCCUAGAUCCAAGACCCACAUAAAAGAUGGAGAUAAACUUCAAGGUCCUGAAGGAAAACCCAAGACUGAAAGGAUGCAAGAAAAAUGCCAUGGACCUUGCACCACUUCUUCCAACUGCAGCCAGCCUUGUGUUCAGCACUUUUGUGGAGAAAUAGGAUUUAUCUGUAAUGGAAACAAGUGGCAAAAAUCAACUGAAACAUGUACAAGCCUUUCUGUGGAAACACUCUUUAUGGACUUAAAUAACACAUCACGCUUUUCUGUGGCAGCACCAUUUAUACCUCUGCACAUUGUUGACUACCAAGCCCCAGAGCCAAUUGAGAGUGUAGCUCAAGUCAUCCAAGUGAACUGCCCACUUGAUUAUGCCUGCAUAAUUGAUGUUGUGAAAUCAUCAGAAGCCACGUCUGGAAAUAUUGCAUUUAUAGUGAAGUUACUAAAAAAUAUUUCUACACACUUGUCUGAUAAUGUUACCCAAGAGAAAAUGAAGAGCUACUUCAAAGUGGCCAACCACAUCCUCGACAAAGCAGUCAUUCCAAAUUGGGCUUUCAUUCCUGACAAAAAUGCUGGCUCGGAUUUGUUGCAGUCAGUGAAUUGGUUUGCGAGGCGAUUCCGCAUCCAGAACGAACCGGAGCACAUAACGGAUGAACUCUUCAUUCAGACGAAAGGGCUUCACAUCAACCACAAUACCUCAGAGAGAAGUUUCAGCUUCUCCAUGAACGUGAGCAAUACAACGGAGGGUAUCCUAGGAAUGAUAGAAGUUCCCAGGCAAGAGCUGUGGAAGCUGCCACCAAAUGGACCCGAAGCCAUCGGCAUAGCUUUUCCCACCUUGGGGGCUGUUCUGAAAGAAGCCCACUUGCAAAAUGCCAGUCUUCCCAGGCGGGUAAAUGGGCUGGUCGUUUCGGUGAUUUUACCAGAAAGAUUGAAGCAAAUCUUAUUCACCUUUGAGAAGAUCAAUAAAUCCCGGAAUACCAGGGCCCAGUGUGUUGGCUGGCACUCCAGGAAAAGGAGGUGGGAUGAGAAUGCCUGUGAAACAACAUUGGAUACCGCCAGCAAAGUGAAAUGCUGGUGUAACUACACCAACGUGUUGAUGUCUUUUUCCAUUCUCAUGUCCCCCAUGUCUGUAGACAACAAGGUCCUGGACUAUAUCACCUGCAUUGGGCUCAGCAUCUCCAUCCUUAGCUUGAUUGUUUGCCUGAUCAUUGAAGCCACAGUUUGGUUCCGAGUGGUUGUGAUGGAGAUAUCAUACAUGCGACAUGUAUGCAUUGUGAACAUAGCUGUGUCGCUCCUGACCGCCAAUGUGUGGUUCAUCCUAGGCUCUAACUUUAACAAAAAGGCCCAGAACUACAACUGGUGUGUUGUGGUGACAUUUUUUAGCCACUUUUUCUACCUCUCUCUGUUUUUCUGGAUGCUCUUCCAAGCACUGCUCAUCGUCUAUGGACUAUUGGUCGUUUUCCGGAGGAUGAUGAAGUCCUGCAUGAUGGCCAUUGGCUUUGCCAUUGGCUAUGGGUGCCCGUUGGUCAUUGCUGUCACCACAGUUGCUAUCACAGUGCCAGGGAAAGGCUACAUGAGACAUUGUGCCUGUUGGCUUAACUGGGACAAUACCAAAGCCCUUUUAGCAUUUGCCAUCCCAGCCUUGCUUAUUGUGGCUGUGAAUCUUGUUGUGGUUUUGGUUGUUGCUGUCAACACUCAGAGGCCCUCUAUUGGCAGUUCCAGGUCUCAGGAUGUGGCCAUUAUUAUAAGGAUCAGCAAAAAUGUCGCCACCCUCACCCCAUUUCUGGGACUGACCUGGGGUUUUGGAAUAGCUACACUCAUAGAAGGCACUUCCUUGAUAUUUCAUAUAAUCUUUGCCCUGCUCAAUGCUUUCCAGGGGUUCUUCAUCUUGCUGUUUGGAACCAUUAUUGAUCACAAGAUUAGAGAUGCUUUGAGGAUGAGGAUGUCUUCACCGAAGGGGCGGUCAAAAGCAGCAGAGAAUGCAUCGUUAAGCCCAACGUAUGGCUCUAAAUUAAUGAAUUGUUGAGGAUAAGAUGAGGAGUCAGGAGGCCUCAGAAGCAGCGGCUGGCACCAUGUUGGGGGUGCAACAAGCUCAGAGGACAGGACUGGAAAUUCAUGAUCAGCGAUCCUCCCCAUCCAGAAUGGAGAGCUGGCGGCACCGGGAAGGUCCUUCAGCAGAAAGCAGGGCUCCAACCACACGGCUGAGAGCAGAAUUACAGCUCAAGGACACAAGUGUCUGGGAAGCACAAGGCCGGCUCACGGCCCCGGCUGGGGGUCAACCACAGAGCACAGGCAGUAUUUCAGACCUUCAACCAGAACACAGAAUCUUAGACUGACGGGGUUCUGGGGAGGCAGGCCGAAUUCCAAGAGCCAGAAAGGGGGCAGGAGGCCAGAAUUGGACUUGCCCAGAUUUGGGGUCCUUGUGGUUGGAAACUCCACAUGUUCCAGUGACCUCAGGUCAGAUUCUUCUUAGGAACAAGGUCGGGACAGGUGUACAGGGAGGUCCCGGAACCAUGGAAGGACAGCAGAGGUGUGAAAACUGGGCAGUUUUCUCCAUGUGUAGAUCCUAGCUGGGGGUUCCCAUCCUGGGAAGCAGGAGAGGGAGGGGAACAGCAUUCUUAAUACGGGGCCACGGCUGCACAGCGCCCUCUGCUGUUCAUAUGAAGGGCGGGCCUUUAAUAUGACCCAGCAGAGCUUGUGUUACCCAGUGUGAUUUCAGAGUCACCAGCACGGCUCCUCCAUUCCUCUGAAAUCUCUUCCACUUAUUUGUUCAUGCCUAAAAUUCACUUAAAAGAACUCCUCAUUCCACAAUGAGAAAUGGGACAGAUAGAAUAGAUACCCGGAGAGAAGCAACACGGUUUUCCUAGUAAAGUUGCAAAUUCAGAGUGGCUGAGUCAUUCUAGAGACCAAGCUUAGAGGCGGGGGAGUGAGGGCAUUGCAAGUUUAGGCUUGAGGGAGCAGCAUGGAGAAGGCAAAGUGCACAGAAAAAUAAAGCUGGGGGAAUAACUUUCAUACUGUGUGACCUUGAAGAAAUUGCUCAAUGCCUCUGUGCCUCCAUUUCCUCAUCUGUAAAAUGGGGCUAAUAAUACUACAUACCUCCCAGGGUGGUCUCAGUAUUCAAUGAGCCAACACAUUCAAAACUCAUAGACUAGUGCCUGGUUCAAAUUAAGUUAUCGGUACAUGCCAGCUAUUAUUCUGACUGUUAACCAGCGCUUCAUCCAUUUUGCCUAUGCUGCCCCAUUCCUCGUGGACAUCCUGUGUCCUGGCCGGAGAGCUGAGCUCCUGGAGAAGGAGGCUGGAAGGCAGGCUGGAAUGUGGAGGGACAGUCAUGCUUCUUUGGAAGACUUUCUCUUCUUGCCAGGAGUGACACCUAAACUCUCAGUGUGAGAAGGUUUGCUGAGGAAAAACUGAGGAGAACAUUUGGUGACUGGGCUUGAAGGGGGUAGAUCUAUGGACUCUUUGAUCUACUCAUGACCUGCAAAAGCCUGACUUCUUGGUCAAAGUUGGCAAGAGUAAGACUCAGUCCCCUUUCACCCCCAAGGGCCUGCUCUGUGGCUCUUUGGCUUAGCCACCCAUCUCUCUGCAUGGGUCCCGGGCCCUCUGGGGGCAAG